CUCCCUUUCCUUCUCUUCCUUUUAUGUCCCAAAGAUAUAGGGCAAUAACAGUCAACCAUGGGAGGAGCUGGUACUUCGUUGUUGUUUAUAACUCUUGUAGUUUUGGGAGUUGUGUCGUUUAUAUCGAUCGGAAUCCUGCAAAGCGAAGGACACGGAACGAAGACGACGAUAGCACGUGGUGACCAUCGGUCUUGGACGUCGACGACGACGGCGAAACUGCAGCAGCGGGAAGAGCAAGUGAAGGUCUUAGGAAAAGGAGAGUCGAGUGUGGCGCAUCCCAAGCAGGAUCUCAACUACAUGAGCAAAAGAAGGGUUCCUAAUGGACCCGAUCCUAUUCAUAACAGACGAGCCGGCAACUCGGGACGACCGCCGGGACAAGCCUAGCCUCGGCAUCGAUGUGUGUGAUCGGGAAGCUUCGAAUCAAGCCGAAGUGCUAAAAGAUCGAUGAUGAACGAUGGCAACUGCCAUAUAUCUUGUAUGUAUUUUUUUGUUAGAAGUAGGACUAUAACAUUAAUAUUGGGAAAAAAACAUUUGAAAUAUCCAAUAUUAAAGCUUGCAAUGCAUGCUUGUGUAGUUCUUUUGAUGUGAUAGAGGAGUAAACAAAUGGAAGCUUGGUUCAUACCAUGAAAAUACAUUCCCAUCAAAAGCAUCUUGCAAAACCCUUUUGUAUCAACU